CAUCUGGGAUAACUUAGUCCUCUCUAACACACACACUCUGCAGAGACUUCACCUCGGGAACAGCUACCAAUCCUGCAGCUUUCCUUCAUCCAUUCAUCUCUCAGAGUUUUUCCUCCUCUUGUUUUCUCAUUUUUUUUCUUCUCUUUCUUUCCGUCUUUCUUUCUUUCUUUCUUUCAUGUGACGCCUCCACAUUUUGCAGCCAUCUGUCCCUGACAAAAAGAUAAGGAUUACUCAUUUUUCCCUGGCCGUUGUGUGUUUUUCUCUCUCUCGUUUCUUUACAGUUUUCCCUUCGAUUGGCAGGUGGACUGUGAGCUGAGCUGAACUUUGCAGCUCCCAAACUUCUGAGAGAGAGGAAAGACAAAGACAGCAGGACUGAGAGGAGGCAGAGCAAGGAAGCAACUCUUUUCUUUCCCCAACUGGACUGAAUUUUAUUGACUUUUGUCCUAAAUUGGACUUUUUGGACUCUAUCUGUGCCUCUGUACACUACGGCAUCUUUAAAUAAGCCACUUAGGUGUUUGUUGGCAGCAUGUCUGUGUUACCUUCACUCAGUUGGGCCCUCCUGGUCCUGGUUCAAAUCCAGAGCGGUGGCUCAUCCUCAGACCUGCCGUCCAGGCUUCAGCCUCUUUCCCUGACGGUCCAGUCGUUGCCGGAUGCCUCCAGCGCCCACUGCCCGUCCUGCGCUCUGGCCCGGAUGAGGAGAAACGAAGGGGUGACAGCGGCGGACGAUGACUUGCUGUCACACGAGGAGGAGAAGGCGGCUCAGCAGGACGUGGUGGAGGCAGUCAAGAGGCACAUCCUCAACAUGCUCCAUCUGCAGGCCCGGCCCAACAUCACCCGGCCGGUGCCGCGAGCCGCACUCCUCAACGCCCUGCGCAAGUUGCACGUGGGACGAGUGGCCGAGGACGGAAGUGUGCAGAUUGAGGGGGAGGAAGAGGUGCGAGGGAGGGGAGGCCAGGGAGGAGGAAGGGGCGGAGGAGCGGCGGCAGCAGGAGCUCGGGAGGCAGACAGCGGCGACAUGCCGGAGACGACGGAGAUCAUCACCUUCGCCGAGGCUGGUGACUCCCAGGGCGUGGUGAACUUCGUCCUCUCUAAAGAAGGAGGAGAUAUGUCCCUGGUGGAACAGGCUAAUGUCUGGCUCUUUCUCCGGUUGGCGAAAACCAACCGCAGUCGAGCUAAAGUCACCAUCCGCCUCUUCCAGCAGCGCCUUCUCCCAAACGGCCGCUCCACUCCAUUGCAGGACGACGUCCUCCUGGCAGAGAAGACCGUGGACACCCGCCGAAGCGGCUGGCACACGUUCCCUGUAUCUUCAGCGGUGCAGGCGCUGCUGGAGAGCAAGAGGAGCACCACGCUGAGCCUCCGGGUGUCCUGCCCGCUCUGCAGCGACGCGGGUGCUACGUUUGUCCUAGUCUCAGGCGGCUCUGAGACAUCACAGCGCAGCAACCAGAGGGAGCAGUCCCACCGACCCUUCCUCAUGGCCGUGGUGCAGCAGGGUGAUGGUGGCGACUCUCGUCGACGUAGGAAGCGUGGGCUAGAGUGUGAUGGAAAGGUCAGAGUAUGCUGCAAGAGACAGUUCUACGUCAACUUCAAGGACAUUGGCUGGAGCGACUGGAUCAUAGCGCCGCCAGGCUACCACGCCAACUACUGCGAGGGCGAUUGCCCCUCCCACGUGGCGAGCAUUGCCGGGUCCACACUGUCCUUCCACUCCACCGUCAUCAGCCAUUACCGCAUGAGGGGUGUCAGCCCCUUCCAGAACCUGAGGUCGUGCUGUGUGCCCACCCGGCUACGCGCUAUGUCCAUGCUCUACUACAAUGAGGAACAGAAGAUCAUCAAAAAGGACAUCCAGAACAUGAUCGUGGAGGAGUGCGGCUGCUCGUAAGGAUACAAACCCAAAUGGGAUGGAACAAACCGGACUGGAGAGGACUGAGGAGGAGGAGGAUCUCUGACCCCUGGGGAGGGAGGAGCGAAAGGCGGUCCUUCACCCUCCUCCAGGUUGCUCUCUGGGAUAGAAACUUGUCUCUAGACUCGCUGAGUGAAACUCAACCAGAGUCUUGAUGGCACUUUCUGAAAAACCAGAAAAAAGACAAAAAAAGAAUAUCUAAUAUAUUUUUGUUACAAACGGAGGGAGUGAGGCUUAUUUAUGUGGCGUUCAGGCACCGCUACACCAGUUGGACUUCAGAGAGACGAGGUGCCUGAAAAACAAAAAGAUCUCAAACUAUGCAACUAGUUCCUGUAUUACAUCUGCUUGUACUUUACUCUGUUUCGAUCUGUGUACUUCCUAAACGACGGAGGAAGAGCAGGGAGACACUUUUUAUUAUUGUAAAGUGUGUGUGUGUGUGUGUGUGUGUGUGUGUGUGUCUGUUGAGAGAUACUUGAACAAAACAAGUUGGCCCGGCUGCUGGAACCAAACACUUCUUUAUGUUACCAUGGUAACCAUGUUGAUGUUAUUAUUAAUAUUAUUAUUGCUAGUAAGUAUAUUAAUAUUAUUAAUGUUAUUCUUGUUCAUAGUAAUAUUAUGUUUUAUUUCUGUUUUCUAUUUUAAAAAGCGUUACAAAUGUUUUUUGGUUAUUUUUUGCACUAUAGCGACACUCGUGUUCAGGUCCGAGUCCAACAGCUCACAGGUUCAAAUCCCACAGAGAACCAGCUAUUUCUGAGAAUUCAUCACAAGUCCCUCUAAGUUCAGAAAUGUCCCUUUUAGAGCCUAAAACCUGCAGCCUUCAGGAGAUGGUUGCUAUGGCUGACUCGGGCAGGUCACAUGACACAGUUAACUGUUUCCUAUUGGUCCACUAUUAACCGCUGGGAAUCCCAUUCCAGUGGGAUGUUUACCAGUAUUACGCUGAACCGGUAAAUUUCAUUUCCAGAAGCAGAACCAUUCAGGCUAUAAAAAAGAGUAGAAAUUGGACCUUAACUGGUUUAAUUGUGAGUUCUCAGUGAAGAAUGUCUGAUUGGUUCUUCGUUAACAUGCAGUAGAAAAGGAAGUCCUGCAGUUAUUAAUGUUUUGCUCUGAAAUUAAAAAAUACGUUUUCAUGUUUUGCAUGAAUGAUUGAAAUUGAUACUGACUGUGUCUUUUAUUCCUUCAGCAUAUCUGUUCAGUUUGUUUAUGAAGCAGCGAUUUAAAACAGAAGUGAAGAUUCUUUACAAGUCAGACAGGUCCAGUUCAUGCCCGGUUCUGUAGAAAUGAAAUAGGUUCAAUUCAUCCAACUAAAACUAAAUCAUUGUCAUCAUCACAUUCAGAUCCAAAUGCAUGAAGUUUAAUCCUAAUUAUAAUACAGUUCAGGUUUAAUUAUUAAAGCAUGACUUGUCUAAGGAAGUUAUGAGUCAUGAAGGAGGAGAUCCAACACAAGCUUAACGAUGCUCGUGUUUUAUUCUAUGGUUCGUACAGAUUGCCUAUUUCUCUUUUCCAACUUUCUGAUGAAUCUUUCCAACUGAACAGUUCUUCAGAGUAAAACAGGAAAACUUCCCGGUCUCUGGCUUUGCUGCUGCAUUCAAUCCCACUUAUGAAUCCAGUUUAUUUAAAGCCAAAACAGAAAAUCAAAGACGAUUAGCUAGUUUUGGACUGAACUGGUCAUCAAUAAAGCCCUGAAGACCCGCAUGGCUUUUUAAUAAAGCCAAUUCCGACCUUUAAAUCUUGACUUUGUGUUUAAACCUGUUUACAUGACAUUUACUGGUGAAAACGAAAAUGUUUAUUUGUGUUUCUACUGUUCGUUUACAUCGGCGAACAUUUUCUGUGAAAACGGCCCGAUGUGAGAAAGUGGCUUCCAGGUUGUGAUGGUUUGAAAACGUUCCGGUAUCCGUUGUCGUGUAGACGGGAAAAUGGGGAAGCCGUGGAUCAUGUGCAGUAUAGCUGAAAUCAGUACAAAUGAAUACGCAUCAUAACAGCUGCCGACCAGUUUAAAAACCACAGAAGAAGAGAUCAGCAAUAACUAUGGCAGGUUGCAGAGUACUUACUGCUGCUGACUCUUUUGAAUCUAAUGACAGUUCUCCAACAAAGUGUUCAUUUUCUCCCGUUUAGUAAGCAAGUGUUUGUGUAUGUUGUGGGGUCACACACCGCCAACUAGUGGCGUGGCGGGGAAAUUACACUAUAUUCACGCAGCCAAUGUUGCCGUAUGAAUGGAGAUUGUAAUUGAAAUGUUUUCAUGUAGACGUGUUAACAGGAAUGGAAAAAAAUCCCUAAUCGUUGUGGUGUAAACAGGCCUCAGUCUUUGGAUCUUCUUCUACUGAGAAUUUAUUAAAGGUUCAGUCUUAAAUCAGUAGCUUGUUCAGUCAUUGUUAGAAAACUGUCAUUGAUUGAUGUUUCAUUCAUGCUUUUCAGGUUUUGGUCAAUUUUAAAACGUUUUUGGGUGUUUGGACUGAUGAUGUUUGUCUCUUCUGUCCCUGCAUAUGAAAAACUCCAUUUCCCACAAUGCUUUCCACUUUCAUUCAAUCUUGAGCUGCUUGGUUCCACAUUUAGGAAACAAAGUGUUUCUGAAUGUUUCAGAUCAGUAUUGUUCUCCUGAAGGUUUACUGAAGUCACCUGGUUUAAUGUAUUAAUAUCAGUUUUUAUUGCCAUCAGUGUUUGAACCGAGAGCAAAGCCUCCUCUUCUGUGUAUACGGACACAACUAAAAUGUCAGUGGUGAAAAAAAGCCUAAAAAGUAAAAAGUUAAUAUUAAUGGCUGUAUGUGUUUAGAUUCUGUUUUUUUUUUUAUAUAUAUAAAAAAAUAAGAAUAAUAUAAAUACUGACACUGAACAAAGUGGACAAAGAAUAAAAAGUAUAUUUUUUAUUCUGUAUAUAUAGAAAUCCAGACUCCAGUAUGUUGCUUUGCUUUGUUGUACAAAUGAAACAUUCUUGUGUCAUUUUUUUAUUCUUAUUUAUUUUACAGUAUUCUUUGGUUUCUGUUUUAGGCUUCACUAUUAAAGUCUGAAGGAUGUACACAAA